AGAGCACCGGUGGGGCAACAGCCAGGAGACCACCAACCCAGGAAAAAGUUCCCGUUGGUGCUCUUCCCCUUAGCCCACCCCUGGCACGGAAACUAAGGUACACUCAAAUCGCCUUCUAGAGAGAGACGUCGGAGUAGGGCGACGCGAGAGGGAAAAACAAUCCCCCCAUCCUACCCCUCUGGCUAAGCAGUGCUGCUUUCCUGCCUGUGAUGCAGGGAGCUAAGGUUCCAAUUAAAUCUUUGUGGACAAAAGGCACACAUGACAUCCCCAGAUAACAGGUGGCAAUAAAUCCAUCAGCACAUCCACUUUCAGAGAAGAGUCCCGGCUGAACUGCUAACAGCUGCCAGUACCUCACUGAGUACCUUGGACAAGGUGAGCUCUAAGUGAGUUUCCAGAAUUUCUCCCAGAUCCUCCCUAAAAACCUGGCAGAGAAGCCACCCCUGGCGCCCUCACCAUGCUCAGGGCAGCUUUGGACGCUCCUCAGUGGCUGCUGAAGAAGGGGAGAGAGUCCCGGAAGCUGGUGUUGCUGGUGGUGUUUGUCGCUCUGCUCCUGGACAACAUGCUGCUCACUGUGGUGGUGCCCAUUGUGCCCACCUACCUAUAUGCCACAGAGUUCAAAGUCAACACGUCUCUGUACUCUGGGCCCACCACAGCUUCCCAGCCUGCCCUCACUUCUGCCUUUCCCACCAUCUUCUCCUUCUUUGAAAACAACACCUUGGCUAUCGAAGAAAGUGUGCCCAGUGGCAUAGCAUGGACAAGUGACACUCCCGGCACCAUCCCCCCUCCGGUCACCGAAGCCAUCCCAGCCCAUGAAAACAACUGCUUUCAAGGCACAGAGUUCUUGAAGGAAGAGAACCUACGGGUUGGGCUUCUGUUUGCUUCCAAGGCUCUGAUGCAACUUCUGGUCAACCCAUUCGUGGGGCCUCUCACCAACAGGAUUGGAUAUCACAUUCCCAUGUUUGCUGGCUUUGUUAUCAUGUUUAUCUCCACAAUUAUGUUUGCUUUUUCUGGUACCUAUACCCUGCUCUUUGUGGCCCGAACUCUUCAAGGCAUUGGAUCUUCAUUUUCAUCUGUUGCAGGUCUUGGGAUGCUGGCAAGUGUCUACACUGAUGACUGUGAGAGGGGGCAGGCCAUGGGAAUUGCCUUGGGGGGCCUGGCCUUGGGAGUGCUAGUGGGAGCUCCGUUUGGAAGCGUGACAUACGUAUUUUGGGGGAAGACUGUACCCUUCCUCAUCUUGGCCUUCCUGGCACUACUGGAUGGAGCACUCCAGCUUUGCAUCCUGCAGCCUUCCAAAGUCUCUCCUGAGAGUGCCAAGGGGACUCCCCUCCUCACACUUGUCAGAGACCCUUUUAUCCUGGUGGCUGCAGGCUCCCUCUGCUUUGCCAACAUGGGGGUGGCCAUGCUCGAGCCCACACUGCCCAUCUGGAUGAUGCAGACCAUGUGUGCCCCUGAGUGGCAGCUAGGUCUAGCUUUCUUGCCUGCCAGUGUGUCCUACCUCAUUGGCACCAACCUCUUUGGUGUGUUGGCCAACAAGAUGGGUCGGUGGCUGUGCUCCCUGAUUGGGAUGGUGGUAGUAGGUACCAGCUUGCUUUGUAUUCCUCUGGCUCGUAAUAUUUUUGGUCUCAUUGGCCCCAAUGCAGGGCUUGGCUUUUCCAUAGGCAUGGUGGAUUCCUCUGUGAUGCCCAUCAUGGGACACCUGGUGGACCUGCGCCAUGCCCCGGUGUACGGGAGUAUCUAUGCCAUCGCUGACGUGGCUUUUUGCAUGGGCUUUGCUAUAGGCCCAUCCACUGGGGGUGCCAUUGUGCGAGCCAUUGGCUUCCCCCGGCUCAUGGUCAUCAUCGGGGUCGUCAACAUCAUCUACGCUCCUCUCUGCUACUACCUGAGGAGCCCCCCAGCCAAGGAGGAGAAGCUUGCAGUUCUGCACCAGGACUGCCCCAUGGAGACCCGGAGGCACGCAGCCGAGAAGCACAUGAGGGAAUUUCCUCUGGGGGAGGACAGCGAUGAGGAGCCUGGCUGUGAGGAGUAG